AAUAACCCUAUAUACGCAAGUGAAUCUUAAUGGUGGAAUCCAUGAACGACAAAUGAUAACGGCGGAAGAAAGUGGUUUCCCCAAGCGCUGCAACGUGAGAGAGCCUCCUCUGCUUCAAUGCGCAGAGCUGGUGCUACCCUACCUUAACCCUUCAGAACUUGCUAACAUCUCUCUCAUAUGCAAACCUCUUCUCAAACUCUCUCGCUCCAUCACCUUCCGCCGCGCCUCCGACGCAUCCAGAACCUUCGAGACCUUUCCGAUUCCGUUCCUCAACACGGUCGAUUCCCACCCAUACGCGUACUUCCUGUAUACGCGCUCCCUCGUCCUCUCCUCUCCACUCCCCCUCCUGCGCCAGCCCUGGGGCUCUUCGGCAGUUUCCCCCUUCGCGCAGUGUCGCCUUCUUCGUGCCGAUUCAGUGGGCUUCGUCGAUGGCACGGGCCGGGCCGUGUCGGGCUGCGAUUGCGAGGCGUGUGAUGGCGGUGAGUGUCCUUGUGCUGGCCUGGAUGGGCUGGACGACGUUGGCAGAGAGUGCGGGCCCGGGUGCCGGUGUGGGCCUGAGUGCGGGAAGCGGUUGACACGGAAUGGGGUUGCGGUGAGGGUGAAGAUUGUGAGGCAUAGGAGGAAAGGGUGGGGGUUGCAUGCGGAUCAGUUAAUCGCGAAAGGCGAGUUUGUGUUUGAGUAUGCAGGUGAACUCUUGACAACGAAGGAAGCCCAGAGGAGACAUCAAUACUACGAUGAACUGGCUUCGCAGGGUCAUUCCUCUUCAGCUCUUUUGGUUGUAAGGGAACAUCUUCCUUCUGGAAAGGCAUGUCUGAGAUUAAAUAUCGAUGCGACAAGAUUAGGAAACAUUGCACGAUUUGUAAAUCAUUCAUGUGAUGCUGGUAACUUAAGCACAAAGCUAGUUAGAAGUUCAGGAGCUUUGUUCCCCCGUCUAUGCUUCUUUGCUUCAAAAGAUAUCCUAGUAGAUGACGAGCUUACUUUUAGCUAUGGAGAAAUCAGGAAAAGGUCAAAGGGGUUGCCAUGCUUUUGCAAUAGCCCUUCUUGCGUUGGAACACUGCCCUCUGAAGACACUUAAGAUUUAGAUACUUGUUAUUUAAGGAGGUGACCUAUGUUAAAUGUCAAAGGAAUUUUGAUUUUUGGAAAGGCUAGUUUUUAUGAUUUAUUCAAUAGGUCGUACCAGGCAUUGCAAAAUACUUGUCACAGGUCGGUUAGGAAACCACCAAUAUCUUUAUACUCUAUAGUUUAGUAGAUAUUAAAUAUGUAUUAUAAUUUAGCUGUAUAA